AUGACAGUCGAUGGAAAGAGAAUUCUUUGCAUCGCAGACGCAAGAGGAAACCUGUCUCAGCUCAAUGCUCUCGCACGCGACGCGGAUGCUCAGUUCAUUAUUCACACUGGUGAUUUUGGUUUUUAUGAUGGCUCCAGUCUCAGUCGUAUCAGUGACAGAACAUUGAAACAUUUGGUUCAGUACAGUACAUUAAUUCCUCCUCAUGUACGAACUCGAUUGAACAGCUCUCCUGUUGAGCAGAUACGCAGUACAAUUGAGCAAUCACCCCAGACGUUAUUGUCUGAAUUCCCGGCUUACCUUUCGGGUGAACAAAAAUUAGAUAUCCCGGUGUAUACUGUUUGGGGAGCAUGCGAAGAUGUAGCAAUUAUCGAACGAUUUAGAUCGGGCGAAUACAAGAUCCACAAUUUGUUUUUGCUUGAUGAGGCUACUUCUCACCUGUUGGACAUUGGUGGUGUUUCACUCCGAUUGUUUGGUUUGGGAGGUGCAGUGGUUCAACACAAAUUAUUUGACAAUGGCGAAGGCACGGACACAAUUGCAGGUGGACUGGGAACUAUGUGGACAACAGCACUUCAGAUUGGAGAACUUGUCGAGACUGCCCAACGUGUAUAUGCCUGUUCAGAAACCAGGAUCCUUGUUACUCAUGCCAGUCCAGGCCGAGAAGGCCUUUUAGCCCAGCUUGCAUUGGUGCUGAGAGUAAGUGAUCUGAUAAAGUUAUGCGACAAUUUUUCUUUUAUUUUUGCUUAUUUUAUUUUAUUUUUAUGA